CAAUCUGUCCCACCCUCUUACUUUUGCCUUCUUUCACGCCGGACCACCGCCGCCCAUCUCAGACUCGAACAACAACUCGGCUUCCAUCUCGACCAGCCCCAGCUCAAACACCUCCUCCUCCCUGCUCUCCCUCUACCCGACCACCACCUCCACCUCUCUAUACCAGCAGGCAAACCACCAGGGUCUGUCAGUCUCGACUCCGCAGGUGCCGCAGCUUUUCCCCUCCUCUGCUGCUGCCUACCACCCCGGCUUUGCGGGCAUGUCCACUAUCAGACAGAGGGGUACUACCUCCAUGUCCGACUAUUCGUCAAAUACUGCCAUGCUGCCCCCGACACGCUCACCUGGAAUCGGCAAUCAGCUAUCGCCAUCUUUUGGUGCGACUACUCAUCGUGACAACUACACGACUGCUGCACCACCACCCUAUCUUCACCGCCAUCCGCAUUCUCCUCGCUCACAUCAUCUCUACAACACCAACAACAACAACAACAACAACAACAACAACAACAAUUCCAUUCCGGAUAUCCCGCGAAGCGUCCUGCCCGCCGCCAUGCCUCUCUCCCCGCAGUCUGCCUCCCAUUACACCUCCACCCACGCCAUGCUCGCUUACACCAACCCGCAUGACCGACAUGAGACGCCGCCCUUUGAAGACCAGCAGAACUUUCAUGACAUUCGCACCGAAAACGACGCAAUUGUCUCGGCAAAGAUUGACGCCAAGAUCGAAAAGGGCUUCUUCAUGUCGGGCGAUCGCGUGUGGACCUGCUACAGACGCAACUACUUUUCCGUGCAGUCGUCAUACUCCCUCAACCCGCAUCUCCCAAACGAGCGUCUCUACAUCUCGCGCAACGGCAAGAUGGAGCAAAUACAGGCCCUGGCAAUGUCUCUGUCUGCCGCCGUCGACGGGCCCACCGGCAAGAUCAUCGAGCUGAUACAGCAUACCCCAAAGCGGGACAAGGGGCCGCAGCUGCCCAUUGCAAAAGAGAAGCUUCUGCCGGCCCCGCCGGGCAAGAUACCGGGAGAGACGCACGGCUAUCCCUUGACCUCCUUUCACAACCCGAACCCGAUGGCCUCGCCCUUUCUGCCUCUGCAGCAAGAGGCCGAUCCGAGCAACUCCUCCUCGGUGCCUUCGUCUGGCCAUUCACACAAUGCCUACGCCCACACCUUUGAGCGCAUCCAGUUCAAGUCUGCCACCGCCAACAACGGCAAGAGGAGGGCCCAGCAGCAAUACUACCACCUCAUUGUGGAACUGUGGGCCGACGUACGGAGGACGGGCGAGCAAAAGCCCACCUGGCUGAAGCUUGCCCAUCGUGUCUCUGCCGCCGUCGUCGUGCGUGGUCGCUCUCCGAGUCACUACUCGAAUGAGGGACCCAGUACCAGCGGCACUUCACGUCAAGGAGGGCAUGGUAGCAGUGGCGCUCCCGGUGGUGGUGGUGGUGGUGGUUAUGCAGGCUAUGGCGGCGGCGGCGGCGGCGGAAGUCUUGGCCUUGGUCGAUCGCUGAAUACUGGUUUUGCAAACCUUUUGGGUGGUGGUGGUGGUGGCAGCACGUAUGGUGGUGGUGGCGCCUACAGAGCACCAGGCCAGUACGCCUCCUCGCACAACCCAAGUCCGGUUGGCAGCAACUCCGUGAGCAGUGCGAGCUCCAUCAGUGCCGGGCCCGGCGACGGUGGUGUCGACCACCACAUGGAGGACGUCGAGAACAAGCCCUCGGACGGCUAUGAUGGCUACCAGUACUACCCUGGUCCUCUGUACGAUGCCGGCCUACAAGAAGACCCCCAAGCAAAGCCGCCGCCGCCCUCCCAGACACAGCAUCAGUACGACGAGGCAAGAAAAGUCAAGGAAGAGUAUAACACGCACAGCUUUGCUACCACUACUACGAACAACAACUGGCAAGGUGGAGGCUGUGGUAAAUACGUCGGUGUGGAAUCCAGCCGGGGAUACUACCCUGACCUGCAAGUCCACAACGCCUACUGAUGCCGGCUUGAUGUCCAUCUAUUGUCUCAUCACCAUCAUCAUCAUCAUCAUCAUCUUCUUCUUCUUCU